UGCUAUUGUAUAGGUUCAGAGAUAGAGACGGCUGGUAGAGGACAUUAGUCUUACCAUGAUGAGGGUCCUUUAUCUCCUGUUGCUGUGUGAAACAAGUAUCCAGCUUCAGUGUGACAAAACAGUAAUACAGGCCAAUGUCGGGAGUGGAUUCAGUCUGGUCUGCCAGUACCAAACAAACCGGUACCUCUUCAGUAAGAAGUACUGGUGUCGUGGGGAGUCUAGGUCGACCUGUGAUAUUCUAAUGGACUCCGAUCACCUCACCAACAGAGAGCCCAGACAUAGGUCUCAGAUCAUAGAUGCACAGCGAAGGGGGUUGGUCAUCAUCAUGACAGAUCUUAAGUUAGAGGAUACUGGAGUGUACUGGGUUGGGAUUGAUAAAAUCUAUGCUGAUAUCAUGACUUCCAUCAAGCUAAUUGUGACAUUCGUGGUAGUGUCCAAACCCAUGGUAUGGCCCCUGAGUUCAAUGGGAGACACUUGCUGGGGCCAGCCUGUGACAGUGCACUGUGCUAGUGCACAGGGCACAAGUGUCCAGUACACCUGGUACCAAUCCACCCAACCCCAGGACAUCCAGUUUCAGAGCUCAGCAGACCUGCACCUACACUGUGGCAUUGUGGAAGAAGACAGCCAGUACUACUGCAGUGCCAGCAACGAUGUGAGCAGCCAGCAUAGUGGGAUGGUUUCGCUGCAGGUUCUGAAGCCCUCUGAGGAGGACUGCAUCUAUAGUUUUGCUAUGGAGGGCCAGAGAAGCUAUGACUGUAGUGACAGACUGAAGACAAGCACAGCCACACCUCUGCGUUCUACUGGCCAUCUGACAGAAGAGCCCUAUCAACCUGGAACCAACAGCAACCUGUCCUCAACAAUCAAUCAAACACACCAGGAUUGGCAUUACAGCAGGUCAGGACCGUGUCACCUCUAUGUAACCUGUGUGUAACCUCUAUGUAACCUCUGUGUAAUCUCUGUGUAACCUCUGUUUAACCUCUGUGUAACCUUUGUGUAACCUCUGUGUAACCUCUGUGUUUAUCUAUUUCCACCAGAUCCUGUUACCCAGUAACAUAAUGUGACAUGUCUUGAAGAAGCAGUGCAGCUAGACUUCCUUUGAUGUGAUCAAUCAGCAUGUUAUGUAUAUGUCUGUUGUUUGGUGGCAGUGUAUCAAAGGUUUGCAUAAAGAGGCACAGUGCAGUAGCGCUGUUAAGAGGUUCCAUAUGUUUUAGUUGUCCAUUUUCAAGUACAGGAUGUACUGUGCACUCUUAAAAACUGUACUGUGUAUGCUGCUGUAGAAAUGAGAUCUGAAGACUACUACUAUGUAGGGGAAAGUGGGGUAAGGGGUGGUAAAGGGGUAAGUUAAGCCACCCUUGUUUUUAGGAAACCAUACAGAAAAUGUACCAUUUGACCAAAUAUUUAGAAAGAGGUCAUCAUUUUAUGGAGUUUGUGAAGGAAGAAACCACAUGGAAAAAGUGGUAAUCAAGUUGGGUCCAAAAAAUAGAUUUUUACCAAAUGAAAUGAAUUUAUUGUGUUAGAGGUUUCAUGAUGCUUGUAUCAUAAACCAAAGUAGAUACUUCUAAGAUUGUUCUAUACAUCAGUUUGGGUCUCUAUAAGCAUCAAUAUGAGGUCCUAAACCUAGAAUGAAAGGGCAUCGUUGUAGCUGUGUCCUGUGUCAGCUAAUAUAGUCAAAAUGUUUGCCUUGGGGUAAGUUGAACCAAUGGCCAUGGGGUAAAUUGAGCCAAUCGUUGAGCCAAUGGCAAGUGUUUGUUAGGUGUUGAGCCUGUUAAAAUGUGCUUAAAAUGAUUAAAUGACCAAAAAGGGAUUGUGAUUGGGUUGAAUUGUGUUUGGGAAAUAAAGAUAUAAAAAUAAGGACCUCUCGAGUGGCGUAGCGGUCUAAGGCACUUGCAGUGCUAGAAGCGCCACUACAGACCUGGGUUCGAACCCGGGCUGUAUCACAACCGGCUGUGAUCGGGCGGCGCAUAAAUGGCCCAGUGUCAUCUGGGUCAGGGGAGGGUUUGGCCGAGGUGGCUUUACUUGGCUCAUUGCGCUCUAGUGACUCCUUGGGACGGCCGGGGGCCUGCAGGCUGACCUUGGUCGUCAGGUGAACGGUGUUUCCUCCAACACAUUGGUGCGGCUGGCUUCCGGGUUAAGCGGGUGGGUGUUAAGAAGCGCAGUUUGGCUGGGCAUGUUUCAGAGGAAGCAUGACUUGACCUUUGUCU